AUGAUACUAAUUUUUAUCUUAAAUUCCUUCUUUUUUUCAUUCACUGAUAAUACUUCAUUUUCUCUUAAAUUCUUUCUUUUUUUUAUUCUUUCUCUGUUUUUCAUUUUUCUCUUUGUGUUUUUCUUUCUCUUUCUUUCUACUUCUAUUUUUCUUUCUGCUUUUCUUUCUUUUUCUUUUUAUCUUUCUAAUUUUCAUUCUUUCUCUUUCUGUUUACUUUCUUUUUCUACUUCUAUUUUUCUUUCUUUUUGUUUUUCAUUCUUUCUCUUGCUGCUUUUCUUUUUCUUUCUCCUUCUUUCUCAAUUUCUAUUUAUCAUUCUGUCCCUUUCUAUUUUUCAUUCUUUCUGUUUUUCAUUUUUCUCUUUCUGCUUUUCUUUUAAUUUCUCUUUCUUUCUCAGUUUCUGUUUUUCAUUCUUUGUCUUUCUGUUUUUCAUUCUUUCUUUUUUCAUUCUUUUGUCUUUCUUUUUUUUUCGUUUUUUUUCUUCUUUCUUUCUACUUCAGUUUUUCUUUCUAUUUUUCAUUCUUUCUCUUUCUAUUUUUUCAUUCUUUCUCUUUCUAUUUUUUCAUUCUUUCUCUUUCUAUUUUUCAUUCUUUCUCUUUCUAUUUUUUCAUUCUUUCUCUUUCUAUUUUUUCAUUCUUUCUCUUUUUUCUUUCUUUUUUUUUUGCAUUUUUUCUUUUUUUUUCUAUUUUUUCAUUCUUUCUCUUUCUAUUUUUUCAUUCUUUCUCUUUCCAUUUUUCAUUCUUUUUCUUUUUGCUUUUCUUUCUUUUUCUUUUUGCUUUUCUUUCUUUUUCUUUUUGCUUUUCUUUCUUUUUCUUUUUGCUUUUCUUUCUUUUUCUUUUUGCUUUUCUUUCUUUUUCUUUUUGCUUUUCUUUCUUUUUCUUUUUGCUUUUCUUUCUUUUCCUUUCUAUGACUGUACUUCCUUCAUUUAUCUUUAA